AUGCAGCAGCCCCAAACGUCAGAAGUAGACGCCGAGGUUUCUUGUGAAAAGUGUUACAUUUGCCUCGGUCCUUUUGAGGAACAAUCUGUGGGCUCUCUUGAAAAAUGUCAACAUCAGUUUUGCCUGGAGUGUAUCGUCCAGUGGUCCAAGACCUCUAACACUUGCCCUGUGGAUCGAACGGAUUUCACUGAGAUCCAGCAGAGAAGGCGGAUUGGAGGAGCCAUCCAAAAGAAGAUCAAAGUUACUCCCCCAAGGCAAGAGCCGGACGAGCAGAGUUUAGCUGUGAUCUGUGAAAACUGUGGACGCAGCGACCGCAGGAACACAAUGCUGCUGUGCUCCCACUGUGACUCUGGGUUUCAUAUGAACUGUCUGAGGCCUGCAGUCACCCAACUCCCAGAAGGCCUCUGGGUCUGUCCGGAAUGUGAAGUUGUACAGAAUCAGCCUGAGAGUUUUGCUGCAGCGGAGGGCAUCAGUGAUGGAGAGUUGGAGGACAUUUUGUCCGACGCUGACGAAACAACCAGUCGAUUUCGACCCUCGACCCACAACUCAAGAUCUACUCGACACAGUGACCGAGUCCAGACUAGAUCCAACAGAGACCUGACUGCCCCACAGGCCAUAACGCAAGUUCCUAAGUAUUUGUUACAGCCAUCAAGUUUAGACGCAACAACCUGUCUAACUCCUAGUGGCAGUACAAGUGUCUCGGAUGACACAGCACAGAGAAACAAAAGGAAACAUGAGACACACUGA